AAUCCUUAAAUAUAUUUGUCUAUAUAACUUAUUAAAACUUCUUAUUUCGUGUGCCACGGUGAUCACCCGGAGAAGUGUGUCCGAUGUAUGGAAAGACAUUUGUACAUGUACAUGUACAUGUCAUCAUCAUUCAUUGUUCUUGUGAACGGAAGUUACGACAGAGUAUAUGCAAUGGAGUUAUCUGCGAAACAUCGCCACGAGUAGAUUCGUCUUUUGUCCUUGUCUACAAAUUUAGGCGUCAGUACAAAAUUUAGGUUUUUAAGGUCUCAUUAAUAUAACGUUUGGUCUAUACCGAAUAAUAAUAAAUAUCACUUGUUAAAUGGCCUAUACCGAAAUCCAAUCCACAAUGAUUUUGCUACACAGAAACUAGCAACUAAAAAGAAAAGUAAGUGGUCGACCAUCGAUCAUGGACCAGCCUCACGCGCUUCUAGUGGCUAGCCCUGGCUUGGGUCACCUCAUCCCUAUCCUGGAGCUCGGCAACCGUCUCUCCUCCGUCCUAAACAUCCACGUCACCAUUCUCGCGGUCACCUCCGGCUCCUCUUCACCGACAGAAACCGAAGCCAUACAUGCAGCCGCGGCUAGAACAAUCUGUCAAAUUACGGAAAUUCCCUCGGUGGAUGUAGACAACCUCGUGGAGCCAGAUGCUACAAUUUUCACUAAGAUGGUGGUGAAGAUGCGAGCCAUGAAGCCCGCGGUACGAGAUGCCGUGAAAUUAAUGAAACGAAAACCAACGGUCAUGAUUGUUGACUUUUUGGGUACGGAACUGAUGUCCGUAGCCGAUGACGUAGGCAUGACGGCUAAAUACGUUUACGUUCCAACUCAUGCGUGGUUCUUGGCAGUCAUGGUGUACUUGCCGGUGUUAGAUACGGUAGUGGAAGGUGAGUAUGUUGAUAUUAAGGAGCCUUUGAAGAUACCGGGUUGUAAACCGGUCGGACCGAAGGAGCUGAUGGAAACGAUGUUAGACCGGUCGGGCCAGCAAUAUAAAGAGUGUGUACGAGCUGGCUUAGAGGUACCUAUGAGCGAUGGUGUUUUGGUAAAUACUUGGGAGGAGUUACAAGGAAACACUCUCGCUGCGCUUAGAGAGGACGAAGAAUUGAGCCGGGUCAUGAAAGUACCGGUUUAUCCUAUUGGGCCAAUUGUUAGGACUAACCAGCAUGUAGACAAACCCAAUAGUAUAUUCGAGUGGCUAGACGAGCAACGGGAAAGGUCAGUGGUGUUUGUGUGUUUAGGGAGCGGUGGAACGUUGACGUUUGAGCAAACAGUGGAACUCGCUUUGGGUUUAGAGUUAAGUGGUCAAAGGUUCGUUUGGGUUCUACGUAGGCCCGCUUCAUAUCUCGGGGCGAUCUCCAGCGAUGAUGAACAGGUAAGUGCCAGUCUACCUGAAGGUUUCUUGGACCGCACGCGUGGUGUGGGGAUUGUGGUUACGCAAUGGGCACCACAAGUUGAGAUCUUGAGCCAUAGAUCGAUCGGUGGGUUCUUGUCUCACUGCGGUUGGAGUUCGGCUUUGGAAAGUUUGACUAAAGGAGUUCCGAUCAUCGCUUGGCCUCUUUAUGCGGAGCAGUGGAUGAAUGCCACGUUAUUGACUGAGGAGAUCGGUGUGGCCGUUCGUACAUCGGAGUUACCGUCGGAGAGAGUCAUCGGAAGGGAAGAAGUGGCAUCUCUGGUGAGAAAGAUUAUGGCGGAAGAGGAUGAAGAAGGACAGAAAAUUAGGGCUAAAGCUGAGGAGGUGAGGGUUAGCUCCGAACGAGCUUGGAGUAAAGACGGGUCAUCUUAUAAUUCUCUAUUCGAAUGGGCAAAACGAUGUUAUCUUGUACCGUGAUUCGAGAAUAACAUCAUGAACAACAAUUUCUGUUUAAGAUAUCAACUUUUUCUAUAUGAAUAUAUAUUAAGGUGUGUUAAAUUUUGCUAUGCAUAUAUACAAGAUAUGUACUUCAAUCAGGUAUCCUUAUAUUUUAAUAAAAAUUAAUAAUAGAACUUGUGUUUUGUAAAAAAA